AUGGCAACAUUAAACUUUGCUUUGAAGAACAACACCGGUUCUAACACGGUCUACGCCUACAUUACAGGCCAGGCGCUUGAUAACAACAAUGCCCUUUUCCUCUUGCGAUCUGAUGGCAAGACACCCUACUACCCGACCUCACCAUCGUCUACUGGGACCAACCUGAGCGCGGAUUGUGCGAUUCCGCUGGGUGCAUCCGGAAGUACCACCACCAUCACUAUUCCGCACCUUGCAGGAGCACGAUUGUGGUUCGCACGAGACAGAAAAUUGACAUUCUAUCUGAACCCCGGACCUGCCCUUGUUGAGCCUUCGGUAUCCAACCCGUCGGACGCUAACUAUAAUCUGGUGUGGUCCUUUUGCGAAUUCACCUGGAAUAACUACCAGCUUUAUGCCAAUCUUAGCUACGUCGACUUCGUGUCGAUGCCCAUCGCCAUGACCCUAACCAACGGAGCUGGUGCAACCCAGACCGUCAAGGGUCUGCCAGCCAAUGGUCUCGAUCUAGUUUGCAAUGCUCUCAGAGAGCAGAACAACAAGGAUAAAGCUGGCUGGGAUAAGCUCAUAAUCCAGCACAACGGGGUCAACUUGCGGGCCGUUUCUCCAAACACGGGAAGAACCCUCAACAAUUCUUUGUUCAAUGGUUACUACGAGGGCUAUGUGAAUCAAGUCUGGUCUUACUACGCAAAUAGUACCAACAAUACCUUGACAGUCAAUACGCAGGCUGCCGCCGGUGAUGUUACUGCCAAAGUUGCUUCCGAUAUCUUGUACUUCUCAGUUCCAGGUAUUAGUUACACCAAGCCGUCUACUGGAGACAUCUUCAGCAACAGCUCUGGGUCCUUUGCUGUUUCUGGGAAUGGCACCAAAGACGCCAUUACAGCUCGUCUCGCGGCUGCGUUCAACCGCUCAACCUUGUUGAUAAAUGGUAGCCAGCCGAACGGGGAGAAGGUCUCAAACUACUACAAGAACUCUGUCACGAACCAUUACUCGCGCAUCUGUCACUCUGUGAACAUUGAUACUCGGGGCUAUGCAUUCCCCUAUGAUGAUGUUGCGCCUAACAAUGGCCCUGAUCAGUCUGGCAGUGUUUUUGAUGGUAAUCCAAAGCUCUUGACGGUCACCAUUGGCGGCGGUUCUAGUAACUCUGCUAAGCAGUCUGCCAUUGAGGAAGAUGCUACGCCUGUCCAGCAGCCCGUGGAGAAUGCAAAGAAGCCGAGCCACUUCCAUGAGCUGAGGAGCUUUGUGGAUAAGCUGUCGCACAGGAAGAGCAACACCUGA